UUAAACCCUCGCAGUUGUUACUGUUUGUGUUUGCAGGAAGGAAACUGGAAAUGAAUUCCAUUGCAGUAAGAGUUGCGAAGCAUCUUCGAAUCACUUCCAACGUUGGUGUUGCUGGUGGUGGUGUGUGGCGGAGACACGGGCCGGCGGCGUCAUGGUACUCAACAUUUCUGUCUGAAGGUGAGGGUGAUCAGCCUUCGCGUGGUAAUGGUGGACUUAACAAUGAGGAGUUGGAUGAAGAAAUUGAUGAUUUUCUUGGUGGCAAGCCUGAACUUCAGCUGCAAGGUGUCGAUCCCAAAAGGGGUUGGGGAUUUCGCGGUGUGCACAAGGCAAUUAUUUGUGGAAAAGUUGGCCAAGCCCCUGUACAAAAGAUAUUGAGGAAUGGGAAGAAUGUGACCAUCUUUACAGUUGGGACAGGGGGGAUGUCUGACCAGAGAAUUGUAGGAGCAAGGGAUAUGCCAAAACCUCCUCAAUGGCAUCGCAUUGCCGUGCAUAACGAUGUGCUGGGGGCCUAUGCAGUGCAACAAAUUUGUAAAAACUCUUCAGUUUAUGUUGAGGGUGACAUUGAGACUCGAGUUUAUAACGAUAGCAUUAAUGGUGAAGUUAAAAGCAUUCCCGAGAUAUGUGUUCGGCGCGAUGGGAAAAUUCGCCUCAUCAAGAGUGGAGAGAGCGCUGAUAAAAUUUCCUUGGAUGAGCUGCGAGAAGGGUUGUUUUAGUAGAAGUCUCCCCAUCUAAUUGAAGCAUCUGCAAAUGUAAGAAUCAAAGCUUUGUCACGUGUAGCAGCAUUUGUAAUACUUAUGAAUGCUUUGUCUUAUUAUUUUUUCAAAUAUAUCAUUUAGCAUUCUGAAUUUCAGUCUCUGGUAUUCAUUUUCUUGUAUGGAGAGCUGUAGAAGAAUGUUUUUUGUCUUAAUUACAAAUCUUGUAAUUAGAUAUGAGUAUGAUACUAAUCAGUUGAUACUUAGAAGUACGUAGUUCUAAAUUUGUCUGUC